UUUACUGUGGUGCGUUGAAUUGUUUGUUUAUGUUUUUAGUGUUAUGGGAUGAUGCUGCGCCGACUUGUUUCUCGAACUAGACGUUUAUUUGCACUUGAACCUGUAGUUAACUUCGCACCUUCAUCAUAUAAAAUCUGCAGAUAUUUCUGUGAAGACCGGAAUAAUUCUGUUGAAGACUCAAAGAAACAAAGUGAAGAGACUCAGAUUUCGGGGGCUUUUGCGGGCAAAUACCGCAUAUUUAGGGAUGAGGAUUCGCCUAUAAUUCUAGAUGUUCAAGAAGAGAGACUUAUUAGUGAUGGCGUUGCCCAAGAUAUUGAAACACACGAAGACUUCGACGAAUUCUAUGGAUUAUCUCUUGCUCGAGGAGUGACUGGUGUUUUUGAAAUAGAGGAACUUGUGAGUAUCCUCAGGAGAGAGAAUAUGUUAGAUAUUUUUGUUGUGUCAGUACCUCCUGAAAUUAAGUAUGUGAAUUACAUGGUAAUAGUCACUGGAAAAUCACCAAGGCAUAUGUAUGCAACGGCAGAAUUUGUAAGAAGAGUUUUCAAAAAGAAACGACACCCACAUGAUAGAAUACCAGAGAUAGAAGGUAAAGACUCAAAGGAUUGGAUCGCCAUGGAUCUAGGUAAUAUUGCAUUGCACAUUUUUUCCAAAACUGCAAGACUGACUUAUGACCUGGAAUCAUUAUGGUCUGUUGGAGCUGAAUAUGACAGACUUAGUAACAAGAAAGAUGAUCCAGUGGUGGAAUUACUCUUGCAGCAUUCUGUAUUUUUAGGAGACAUAAAGCCUUCAGAAACCAAAGGUGCUGUGAGCAGUGAUCUCUGAUAUAAUCACUGCCAGAAACAGUAACCAAUUGAAGUCAAGACACAAUCACUUUAGUUCCAGAAGAAGCUGAGCAACCAUCAAAUUGUUUCUGAAAAGUGAAACCAAGGAACUUAACUGAAUCAGGAAAUCAUAUUUUAUCAAGAAUUGUACAUUCAAACUGAAAUACUUGUGUUUAAUUUAUUGUAUGUUAAUGAAUUAGGAU